CCCAGGAUGAAAGCUUGUCACUCUUCAGAGAUAUCCAAUAUCACCUCAUAUGGUGCUGCAUCUGUGACCAUCGGCACUCUCCAGGCGUUUGCUGGCAUGUGGAUAAAUGCUUUCAUUGUUUCUGUGAUUUGCACGUCCUGGGUGAGAAAGAAAACCUUGAACUCUAAUGAGAAGAUCUUGCUGGCUGUGGGAUGCUCCAGGUUUUGGUAUUUGUGCAUCUCAUGGGUAUAUUUCCUUCUCUCAGUAAUUUAUCCCAAUUAUCUUCAUGUUCACCCCAUAUAUCAAUUACUUAAGAGUGCUCAGAACUUUCUUAAUUGUUCCAACUUUGGGGUUUCAGCCUCUCUUUGUGUCUUUUAUUGUAUAAAAAUUGCCAAUCUCAGGAACAGCUUCUUCAUCUACCUGAAAGUAAAAGUUGACAAGAUGGUGCCCUGGCUCUUGCUGGGGUCAGUGUUUUUCUCCCUGGUUAUCGGAACUGUUGUCUACAAGGUCGCUGAUAAAGCUUUCUGUAAAAACCUCAAUUUCACCUGCCAAGGAUGUAUUUGGAAAGCAAGUAUCAGACUGGAAGAACUUUUGAUUUCUAAUUAUUUUAUCCUUGGCUUUGGAUUUGCCACACCAUUCACAGCAGUCAUCAUUUCUGCCCUUCUGCUUCUCUUUUCCCUCUGGAGACACAAACGCAACAUGCAGACAAACUCCAUGAAGGACCUCAGCAUGGAUGCCCACAUCAAAGCCAUGAAAUGCAUUCUCUCCUUUUUCAUAAUGUACAGCAUCAACUUUGUUUUUUUUGUCUUGACAAUGAUUUAUGCAAUGAAGAGGCAAAAUCACCUGGUGUUUCUUUUUUAUGUAUUUCAGUAUGCUUUUCCAGCUUUUCAUUCCCUUAUUGUAAUUUUCAGCAAUCCCAAUCUGGAAAAGACACUGCUAAAGAUUCUAUCCUAUAUGAAAUGCAAGUUUUGCAUGAAGUAG